AUGCCUGCAUGGCCUAAGCUCCCGACAGAGCUGCACACCGGUGCCUACGUCCUGUACAAGCAGGGGACUGCCUGGGCCAUCAGUUGGCUUCAGAAAAACUCCAAUGCCACAAACAACGACGAGGCACCAGCAAAGCCCACCACUCGAGAGCUUCUAAAACAAGCCGAGGCCAUUGCAAAGGCAGCCAACCGACCCCCCGACGUCAUAGACUUCUGCAAUCGUGUACAAGAUGUAAUCACUUGGAGGAAAAAGGUCACGGAUUGGUACGUCGCGAACACCCUUGGUGAUGCGCAGCACGACUUCUUCACGGGCCGGCUAGAAGACAUCCUCUUCGUCGUCGAGGAGAAGGUGAAGGGUACAAAGAGUGAUGUAAAGCGGAGGAAGAGUAAGAAGAAGACGGUUGAGCAGAACGACGACGCCAAACGUACGCUCAAUUUGUACGGCAUUUUAGCAGAAGAUCCUGCAGACAGCGUGGCGAACGAUGGUUCUGACGACGAAGCAACUACGACGUCCACUUCGAAAUCGACCCCUAGGUCUGCGACGAACAACAUGGACGCAGCCGCUGAGGCUGUCUCAGAGCUCCGCUUUGCUACCAUGUGCUUCUUAUAUGACCUAUCGCUAGCUCGUCAAUCAGUACGAAAGGUCUGGCAGGCUUACAAAGAUCACGAAGUGGACCUGGUUACAGCUUCUGUUACGACAAAUGUUGCUAUAGGUACUAUCAAGCGAUCUGUCGCAAUCUGGGACAAUGCCGUUAAGGACAUCUUGCCAUGUCGGCCAGGGGAGUUUUUCAGCGUGACGGCCGCGAUGGAUCACUUUUACACGUCAAUCAGCGUCAGCACAGGCCACGCGCCGUACGAUCCAAAGAGGGGCCUUGAUCAGUUUGGUCCAGAUAUGCAUCGCACCGCAAAUCUGCUCUGUCUACCUGCCAUUAUUCAGCUGGACUUUCACCGUCGAGCCAUCUCUAAGCGGUCCGAUCCGGACUCACAACUCUCUGCUCUAAACACCCGCAAAGAAUUGGAGGUGCAGAAUAUACUUUCUGAUUUCGGCCUGUUCGGGGCGCUUAGAGUCAAGGCUCCGGCUCUGGACGAACUAACGCGAUUCGAGUCGCUCCUGACCAAGGCACCAAAUUCCAAAAGCCAAUGGGUCUCAUUUGCAUUUCAGGUCUACUUAGACAUCUACGAAUGCCUAGGAGACGGCAUCAGAGACGGGCUGAAGGAUUUAGUCGAGGGGGGACACGAUAUCGAGAAUAUGAUUGACACCCAUAUCAUAGAUGAAGGGGUCAUGCAGGUACAGGGUACGAGGCUGGAGUACAUGCUCGUACAACAGCCAGACUUCUCUGCCCGCUUCAACGAGGUCUCGUCCUAUAUCACUCGCUGGGUAGAUGACGAUGCGGUUGGCGAAGCUAUCAAGCAUAUGGGCGUAACAAACUCGCCCUUGGAACCCUUCUUUUUCCUUGGACACCACCCACUCCUGUGCGGGAUGUUCCUCCACACGAUCCGACGCCUUACACAGGAGGUGAGUAUCAGUCACACUCGGUGGCUGAUCGCCGCGGUAGCCCAUCUCUACAACGCCGCGAGGCAGGUUGGUGGUCUCGAGAUCCCCUGGAAGGAUCUUGAUUAUGUCAUCGAUCAUCAUUCUGCAAAGCGUAUAUUUGUGGGUGCUGCACCAACAUCCGCUGAUCUAUUUUGGAUCCGGCGCCGCUUGGCAUUUGGCGAGAAGUUAGCCAACUUUGCCCCUCAUCGUCAUGGAGACCGAAAACACGAUACGACGAACCGUGGCCUAAUCUUACGCUCACCGCUUCAAGAUUUGAUCUGGAAGCAGCAGCGGGACACUAAGGACCACGGGUGGUUAACGCUUCACCAUCUUCUGGAGCAUCUCACCCAUAAUGAUGCCGGAGCUCACGAUGUGCCUGAUUUGGACAACGACCUUCAGCACACUGUCCAGAGUAUCCCGGAUGUCUCAAGAGAUGAGACUCCACCGGCUAAUACGCAGCCAGCUGGCACGCAGUUAGCCGAUGACGCUCCAAAGCUGUCAAAAGCACAGAAGAAACGCCAGAAGCAAAAGGCCAAGAAAGCUGAGCAAGCUGCUGGGAAACAGAAGCCCGAAGUUACGGGGAAGGCCCUUUUGGAGACAAUAUCAACCUCCAACAUUGAAACAGCGGAGCGAGGCCUGACCCCUCAACUCUCCACCCUCCGAGAGCUCCUCGCGGCAGAUGAACUUCACUCCCACUUCGACUACCUUUCGCUAUCGCGCCGCUGCAUGACCCUCCUCCAGCGCCUCCGGACGGAAAUCUAUGAAAAUGAAGUCACUGAUGUGGUGGCCAUAGACGAUGAGGUCGAGCUGCCAAGUAAUCUAGACCUCAUCGACAGACUGUUCCUAGAGUUGAGGGACAAGCCGAAGGACCUUGUGAAGAUCACGCGCGUGGGUGAUAUUUUCAGGGACUUCAUUAAGAAAGAGGGAGACAUGGAGCUGGAAGAGGCGACGGAGCGGAAAGAGUCGAGGUCUUUGGUGUGGGAAACUGCGCUUGAGUAUCCCGAGGGUCAAGAACCCGAGCACGAUCCGGAAGAGAAAAAAGAGGCUCAAGCCUCCGAGGCCCCUCAGGAUGAAGACGUCAAGCAAGAGGUAGACGAAAAACCCACCGCGCCAUCCAUCGACUCGCUUCAGCCCGACCACCCGGAGCACGAGCCGGAGCAGCAACAUCCUGUUCAGCCCCAUGAGGUCCCUCAUACGCCCAGCCACGAGGAGCGAACGAGCUCUGACAACGACUCAGAUGACGGGGAGGAGCAAUGGGUCGAUGCGGAGGAGUCACUCGAAGAACAGACGGCCACGGAGGCGGGCGAGGCCGCUGCUGGUGAGCCUUUGCCCAUGGACGCUUGGCAGGAGUUUUGCAACAAGGGGUUGAUCAAUGAGCAUCGGUACAGCGUUACACUGGAUCAACUAGCUCUAGCACUAUUUCGGUAAGCCUCAGGAUGUUUAGUUACUACACUUGAGGAUGGCGGAUAGUUCGAUGCCGAAGGUAGCCUUGGAGAUAGAGCACCAGGCCACAAGCCUGGGCAUGAGGAAUUGUAACUGAUCUGGCUCCACUCUUGCUCGCUUGACACUACUGUGAGGAGCAGCCCGACUAGCGGGCAGUCGGUCUGUCAUAAGGUAACCUAGUUUCCACUGCAUUGACCUUUACAUCAUAGUCAGGAUUUUGAAAGCCCUUGGAGGCACUCCAAGCAGUGGCUAGCGAGAGCGCCCAGGCUUAUGCCUUGUGCUGUAGCCUUAGCUUCAAUUAAUAGGUAUGAAUUCCGUAGCUUCACCAACCGCUUGUAAACUACAAUUGUUAGCGCACACCUGGCGAAUCGUAGAGAG